AUAAUGACCAGAGUAGAACAGAAGAAGCCAUCGUUGUGUACAGCCGGGCCGUUGACUAGUGCCUCAAUCAGGGAACCGCUAAGUGUGCUUCAGAUGAUUGUGACAUCGUGCUAUGGUCCGUCUGGGAGACUUAAACAGAUUCAUAACGGUAACGGAGGAUAUGUUAUCACGACGUCGCAGUCCUCUGUGCUACUCAGAGGCAUGUCCAUCAGCCAUCCAGCGCUACAGUUAAUUGUCGCCUCUCUCCGUAACCAUAUUUCUAGCUUUAUCGACUGUGGACUCUUUGCCGCAAUUCUUUGCUGUAGUUUGAUUGACAGGUGCCUGAGCUUGCCUCUAUCAAACCACAAGGUGAUUCAAUUAAACAAGAGUAUAUUGGACAUGUGUUUGAGUUACCUACAGUCUGAAGACUGCGCAUGCAAGACAAGGGUAGAUUUCACCUGUAGCAAGUCACUUAUUGAUUUAGCUCGAUCGGUACUCUGUAGCAAGCCAGCCUGCAUGUUGCUAAUGAAAGAAGUAGAAUAUCUCAGUGUUUUAAUAGUUAAAGCCUUUCUCUACAAAGUCCCAAAUGAGAGCAGUCCUCAUGUGGUUUUAGGAAGAACGGUGGUCAUCCCUGUUAAAGGCCUGAGUGUAAUGGAAUCCACUUUUGUUCCCGGAAUCCUCAUUGAAAUGCCGGGGAGCAGCUGGAGUAGAGCGAUUCCUUCGUCAGGACUACCCACAGCGACCGUAAAACUGGCCUUGUUUUCUGCCUCGUUAUCUGGAGACUUUAGCGAUGCAGGUGAUGGCACUGUGGAUGUGUCGGAUGGUGUAGACACUUGGCAAGUUAUGCUGGAUCAGCUGAUUGUUUUAGGGAAACAGUUGGUGGAUGACCGUGUGCACAUGCUUUUGUGCCAAAAAGUGAUUCACCCAUCUCUGAAACAAUAUCUUAAAGAGCAUAAGGUCCUUGCCGUGGAAAGGUUAGGAGCACAUCUCAUGGAACCGUUAUGUCAAAUGACAGGCGCACAGUCAGUAGCUUCUCUGUCCUCUGUUCCUUCCACUUGUUAUGGAAGGCUCAGACAAAUCAGUAAAAUGUCCUAUGGAAACAAGCAGUACUUACAUCUUAUUCCUUGUGAGACGUCCGUCUGCAGCCUUGUGCUCUGCAACCGAAAUGAGACUUCAUUAAAAGAGCUUGUGCAAACUUGUCAGACAGCAGAACAUACUUUAAAUCUUCUACUUAAGGAACCUUGGCUCCUGCUGGGUGGAGGCUGCACUGAAGCACAUAUGGCCGCUUAUGUCCGAUAUAAGAGUGGCAAUAUCCACAGGGACCAUCUGAAGGAACUAAACUGUUCAGCGACAGAGUACAAACUGGUAGCCGACUGCUUUUGCUCCGCAUUAGAGUCUGUGGCACGAAGUCUGGAACAUGAUGGCGGGGAAAUUCUUACUGACCUACAGGAUGGUCACCUCUGGUCCGUAGCACCCGAUGCCAAUUUGGAUCUUCACUCUGCAGAAACUGUCCACCAUUGUGGCUGUCAGUUGCUGAAAAGGAGUGACGAUUUACAGUGGAGUGUUCUAGGAAGCACAUGCCAACCAUUCAGACCACGGCAUCGUACAGAAGUCUUCCCGUUAUUAAUGUCAAACGAACCACGGAUUGUUGAUAGUUUCACUGCAAAGUAUAAUGGCCUGAAGGUGGCUGUUGACACAACUGGCUUGAUUUUGGAUCUGGCGUACAUUAUUAAAGAUGCUAAUUAGUUGAAAUAAACAAAAUUAAUAUACA